GUAGCAUCAGCAACAUCCCGUCAUCAGUGGUAUCCCACCCACAUUCACAAAAUCAAGACCGUUUCGCCGCGCCGCUCGAUGCUCGAUGGCGCACACGCAGCCCGAGACAUCGACGCUGCCGCUGCCGCCGGAGCACGUCAAGGCCAUUGAUCAGCUGCGCAUGCGCCUGUCAGGCCUGUCGACCUCCAUCGGCCUCCUACUGGCCGAGCUGCAGAGCCCCAAGCAUGACCCGUUGCUCGCAUGGCCAGAGCUGCAGAAAGCGUCCGUUAAGCUGGGCGCGAAUCUCGAGGCACUCGCCAGCGCAUUGAGCUCGCAGCGCCAGCUCUUCACCUCCCUGCACGUUUACCCCUUGCCCACCUUUCCCGGCGACACCCAGGAGGCGCUGUUGCAACAGCUGCUGCGUAAGAAGCUGGAAACAAAAGCCGAGGACUGGAUCGAAGAGAGUGUGCACAUCAGUGAUGACCCGCGCAGCAACGGCGCCGCUGGUGUCCUGAAGGCCGAGGACAUGCGAGACUUGUGGUCUUCGGCCAUGGAAAUCCAACAGGCCAUGGUCGCUCAGCUGACCGAAGACCAAGUCUGGGAUGACGACUACACGAUACGCGAGCGCGAGAUGGGCGUCGACAAGGUCAUCACAGGCCUGAAGCGGAAGUUGGAUCAGGGAGAAGAAGACGAAGAAGACGACGACGACGACGAUGAUGUAGAUGAAGACGGCGAGGGGAAAGCUGAAAAGGACGACCUGGUUGGUGAGGCAGACAGGAUGGAUGUGGAUGGGCCUCAGGCUCCUGCGGUGGCUGGCCUGACCACUAGUCUGCCUCCUCUGCUGCUCGACAGCGUGCUCAAGUACGCUCAUGGACAGGAUGUGCCCUAG